AAAGUGAACCAAAUCGCAGGAAUUAACCUCUGAAACGAUGAACAGAAGAAAUUGCAAAAAGAAGAAGAAGAUAUGAGUUCUCGAAUUUUAUCCUCCGAUUCGGACGACGUUGAUGAAGAAAACCCGAAAACUCACGAGAAUGGUCCAAUUGGAGGAAAGACUCAAAAUUUAGGGCAAAGCAAGGGAGGUGAUAGUGAUAAUGUUGUAAAGACUAAUACUUGUUUCGUGUGUGAUGGGAAAGACAAUUGGGUUUUGGUAUGUUACGGAGAGGAAUGUACUAUAGCUAUUCAUCAGAGUUGUGCAUCUGAUGAACCUGAUUUCGAUGAAUUUGGAAAUUUCUAUUGUCCUUAUUGUUGGUAUAAGCGUGUAGUUGUCAAGUGUUUGGAGUUAGGGAAGAAGCUUAUGCUGACUGACAAGUCUAGGAAGGGAUGUAGAGAGAGUUUAGGAGGAGUAGAUGUGGGUUUAAUGAUGGAGAAAGAAGCUGGAGGUGUUGAGAAUGUAGUGGAGGUUAAUGUUUCUGGAGCAAGUGGUAUGGUUAGUGGGAAGAGAAGGGAAGGUGAUGGAUUAAACAAUAAAUGGAUAGUGAUCGAGAAGAGUCAGAAAAUGCAAAAAGUUGCUGCUGAAACUCAUUCUCGGGAAAAUUCUAAGGCUGAUGAUAUUGAUUCGGAUAAGGGAAGAAAGCAGCGAGGAAGAUUUAAUGAGAAGAAUUAUGAAAUUUCAUAUGCGUGCAUUUCUAAUGCAGGUGAGGGAAGAAAGGGAAGGGUAAGAAGAGGUAAUGAGAAAAAUCAUCAAGCACCAGAAGCGCACAGUAUUGAUGUUGGUGGGGAAAGAAAGCGACAGAGAAGAUGCGAUGAUAUAAACCAUGAAAAAGCACAACCGCACAGUUUUGCUGUUGGUAUCAAAACAAAAGAGAAGAGGAGAUACAGUGAGAAGAACCAGCAAAACAAAACAGUUGCAACUACUCAUGAACACGACGUCUUAACUAAUGAUGGAAGAACAGAAGCCCGCGAUUCUGAUUUCGGUGAGGGAAGAAGUGGGCAAGGAUGUUUCCAUGAGAAUAACCAGCAAACGAAAGUGUCGUCUACUGAAAGAUGCGAGCAGGAAAUCCCUAGGACCAAUAAAAGAGUGUCACUCGGUUCUGGAUUAGGGGAGGGGCGAUAUCGGGAGGGAAGACAUAUUGAAAAGAAUCAGCAUACCGAAACUGUUAAAACUGAAACUCAUGGGAAGGAAGUUUCUAAGGAUAGGAAGAGAAAGCGGGAAAGAGGAGUGGAAAGAGAUGGGGAUGAGUUCUAUUUGGCGGAGAAUCAAGACAGACAAUGCCAAGCUGAUAUGAGAAAUGAUGAUGUGGCCUUCAAUAAGCAAGCGACUGGUUUCAGCACAGUUGAACAAGUAGAGCGAAAGUCUGUAUCAUCUAUUUCAUCUCCGGAGUCUACAAACAAUGUUAACGACCCUAAUGUUGCUUUUCAAGAGUUAGCUUUGAUCAUCCACCCUAAGGCUGGUGUACAAGAACAACCUAUCGAAGCACGACCUUUACGCUCUGUCUCUUCGAAGAAACCAUCUUUUCAACCUGAAAAAUACGGACACAAAAGUUACCUGGAGAAGAAUGGACCUGCGUCUAAUGAUCCCGCACAAAGUGCUACAAAAAGGAAAAGACGAUUUUGGACGCUGGCAGAAGUAGAGAUGCUUAGGGUUGGUGUGCAGAAAUUCCCUGGCGAGAGGAAUAUUCCAUGGCGCAAAAUCUUGCAAUUUGGUCGGGAUGUGUUUCAUGAUGAACGGGCUCCAAGCGACCUCAAGGACAAGUGGAAGACGUUAAACAAAAUUCCUUCUGACACGGGGAAAUGGGUAAGCCUUUCAACUGAAAGACAACCGAAUUACUAUGUGUCUGAAGUUAGUUCUGAAUGACCUAUCGGACUUAGCAAGCAUUAGAGCUUAGAAGAGUAGUAGAUAGGGCUUUGCAGAUUUUGUACAACCUUGCUUGCUCCUAGUUUGCUAAAUGUAUAUGGAGCAAAACUGAUCUUACCUUUUAACACUAAAUUCAAAAAAAAAAAAAAAAAAUUGAUCUUACCUUUCUAAUUUGUAUGUCCUCGGCAAUGUAGAGAAUUCACAAGAGUGAGAUGAUAUUUCAUGACACUUGAACACAAGUUUAUACUAAAAAUCAUGAACCAAUGUUGUACUUCAAUAUCUAUUAAACUUUUACAUGUCUUUUGAUAUGGAUUUCUCUGCAAUUGUAAGACAAAGAAGAAAACAGUAAGGUCAAUUUUACACUUCGUGUAAACAAACUUUUUUCUAAGUUUUUAAUGAAUUAAAAAAUAGAUGUUUUAGACAGAAAAUGAUGAGGGUAGAAUUCCCGCCAGUGCGUGGGUUCAACUAUAAAUCCUUUAACCGCCACGUGUCCUAGAAGAGUGCCACGUACAGCCACUAUCCUCCACUUUCG